AUGUAUUGUUAUACAUUUUAUCCUAUUCUUGCUACUGAUGUAGCAGGAGUAGUACAGGAGGUUGGACCUGGCGUCAAAAAUUUCAAACCCGGUGACGAAGUUGUUGCUGUGUUUAAUCAACUUACUGGAGGUGGUUUGGCUGAGUAUGCUGUGGCUAAAGAGAGCCUGACUGUUCCAAGGCCUCCUGAAGUAUCAGCUGCUGAAGGUGCGGGCCUGCCUAUUGCUAGUCUUACAGCUCACCUGGCCCUCAGCCAAUCUGCCGGGAUCAAGCUUGAUGGCAGUGGCCCACGGAAAAAUGUUCUCAUCACUGCUGCCUCAGGAGCAGACGAGGUUAUCGAUUACAAGACCCCAGAAGGAGCAGCUCUUAAGAGUCCAUCAGGACAGAAAUACGACGUAGUGAUCCAUUGCACAACAUGCAUUCCAUGGUCUGUUUUCGAGCCUAAUUUGACUGAAACAGGGAAGGUAAUAGAUCUCACUCCUGGCCCCAGUGCAAUGUGGACCUUUGCUGUAAAGAAACUUACUCUCUCUAAAAAGCAACUGGUGCCACUUCUUCUAAUUCCCAAAAAGGAGGGACUGGAUGCCGUUGUUAAAUUGGCGAAAGAAGGGAAGCUCAAAACAGUGAUCGAUUCAAAACAUCCUCUGAGCCGAGCUGAUGAGGCAUGGGCUAAGGGCAUAGAUGGCCAUGCUACUGGAGCAGACGAGGUUAUCGAUUACAAGACCCCAGAAGGAGCAGCUCUUAAGAGUCCAUCAGGACAGAAAUACGACGUAGUGAUCCAUUGCACAACAGGCAUUCCAUGGUCUGUUUUCGAGCCUAACUUGACUGAAACAGGGAAGGUAAUAGAUCUCACUCCUGGCCCCAGUGCAAUGUGGACCUUUGCUGUAAAGAAACUUACUUUCUCUAAAAAGCAACUGGUGCCACUUCUUCUAAUUCCCAAAAAGGAGGGACUGGAUGCUGUUGUUAAAUUGGUGAAAGAAGGGAAGCUCAAAACAGUGAUCGAUUCAAAACAUCCUCUGAGCCGAGCUGAUGAGGCAUGGGCUAAGGGCAUAGAUGGCCAUGCUACUGGAAAAGUUAUUGUCGAGCCCUGA